AUUGAAUUGGCUAUCCGGCCAUUGGCAUUAAUCAUUAUCCUCUCGUCCCAGGCCGUGCACACCCUUUCUUUGCCGUCCUCGUAGGUGGAAGGGACACCCGCACUUCAAAUAUGCAAGUACCAAGUUCAUCUGAACAAUUUCUCCUCUGCCAGGAAACGUCAUGUGAGCGUGACCUGCUUUUGCUCUUUCAUUUUUGUUGUUGUCGCCAUGGCUCUUUUUUUCACAGCCUCCCCCACCAUAUCACCCAGAUAGCCUUUCAGAUACCAACAACACACUCUCUCUUCGCCUAUUCAAUCGGAUCAUCAGGAGGAUCGAGCGGAUGAUACGAUGGCGGACCUUUACCAGAGCUUUCGAUCAGGAGACCGUCCACCGGUUCGUAUCCGGGCAUACGUCCACCCCGUCUCAGGAGAACAUUUUGUUAUCUGGAGCGACAUUGUACGCUGCUUUCCCGGCGUGAGUCGUAUCCAAAAUGGAGAUCUUUUUGUCCCGCUGCUCAGGAAUGAGCGUCUCUAUCGAAUCAAACCUCAUGGAAUCAGGUAUCAUCCUGGCGUCGUGCUGGAUGUCAUUUACGACCAACCCAUAAGAUCAACAAAUCGGCUCCCUAUCAUGAACCGAGCUUCCAAUAUCCAUUCAUCCAGUUCAUCACCUACUAUCCCACUUAACGCCAUCCCCUAUCCCGCCGCUCAUGGAAAUCAGGACGCAUCGUUCACUAACGAUCACAUUGCCGCCACAGCCACCACAACUGCCUCUUCAGCUAAUACCGACCAGGAUAAAACUCUCCAGAAGGCCUCGGACACAAAUUCUUCCAGUCAUAAGGAUAUAUCAUUAGAAGAACAAGACUUGUUACCAGCAAUCGUAGAAAAUGGAACAGGAACGUCGUUGGAGCAAGUUGGGACCAGGGCCACCGAUCAAAUGGACAAGGAAAUUGUAAUCAAGAGCAACGCUACCGAAAAAUCGAACCGCUUGCCGAUGAUUACUUAUCAGCCAAAGUUUAGGACCAUGGCCGAGCUCGAAGUCGCUUUGGCUGAUAUCAAUACUAAAUCUCAGGGGCAGCGGGCACAGGUGUUUCACGAACUUGAGGGCAAAGACCUGAUGCAGGAAGGGCAGGAGCAAAAGCAGGAUUCUAUAGUGGAAACACAACCAGCAUUGCAAGCAUGGCAGGAUCAACUGUCAUUGGGACGAGGGAUCAAAAACAUGGCCGAGCUCGCUACCUUGAUCGCUCAGCUGGGCAAUGCACGGAAGGAUAUGGCCCCGGAAAACGAGCCUGAUACGUCAUUGCAUCGCGAGGGCGAAACGGACGAAGAAAGGCACCGGAGACUGGUCUUGCAGCUGAGACAACUCCAAGAACGCGCUGGACUGCUGAGGAACACUGCAAUCGAAAAGGUAGCGGGCGAGGAGCUCGAUCGUCUCAUGGACGAUCUCGAAGCGGUUGAGAAGCAGGUGCUGCUUCAGGAUGACUUGCUUCUCCGAGACAAAUUGUUGGAGGAGAAGGAAAGGUUGUUGAUGAAAUCUGUGCACGAGAUCAGGGUAGCGCACAGCAAGGAAAAUGCGGAAGGACAGAAACUGGUGCAGGAAGAGGAUGAUGAACAGCGGACAGAGCAAAGCCCAGCUACCAAAGAGAAGCAGUCGACGACGGACAUGAAAGUGGGCAUCAAGGAGUUCAGUGAUGUGGUUAAGAAGGCUAUGGAGCACGAGAAGGCACUGCUGGCAAUGCGUAUUAGAAUGGCUGCAGAGGAAAGAGCGGCAAGCAACUCGGGUGGGGAGGACGCCGAUGGAGCAGAGAGCAAGGCAGAGGCAUUUCCAGAGGCAACAAACCACAGUACCAACGGCAACCCUUCUAGCAUCAGCAAUAAUACCAGCAACGUCAUUGUGAAAGCAGAAACGCCUACUGGUCCAGCUGCGACUAGCACUACCAACGAAGCCCAGCCUCACUCUGUGAACGGGCGACAGCAGAGCCCCUUUGGCGUGUUGGAUAUCGUGGCCCGCCGAGUGAAGGACAUUUUGACACGGCGCUAUACAUGGCUGGAGAGUCCCUGUCCAAAACUAUUUGUCAUCUUGCCAGGUGACUUUGAGGAGCUGCAUUCGGUUGGCGCCCAGUCCUGGCUGGAUUUCGACCUUCACUUCGUUUGCGACUGUGGUGAUCUUCGUGGUUCGGACUUUCACAAUGCAUGCCCGAAUCGAGCUAAAGGCGCUGACGGUUGCGAUUGCACUCCUCAUGUGGACUGGGGAUUUGAAGGAUAUCCACAGCAAAAGGACCUCCUGAAGUUCGGGACUUACAUGAUGGCGAUCCUGGAGAUGCUGGAGUACGGAGUGACGAUCAAUGGUGUGAUUAAGGUUUCACCUCUGAAGGAUAUGCAGCUACGAAAGCGGGUCAUGUAUUCGAUGGUGUUCCUGAUGAAGCAAGGGAUCGAGACGAGUCAUCAAAUGCUUGCCAAGGGCUAUUCUUCGCUGGACGAGAUUGAGCCCGUGGCACCCUUGAAGGAAGCAGAACUGGUGGAUUUAUACAGAUCACGAAUCUCGGAGCGGCGACCUUUCCGAAGCAGCUACCCGUUCAGGACGAUUGACGGAGAUAUUCGUUGGCUCUGUAGGGCACACUAUGCCGCACACACGCCCACUCAAACUCUUGUUUAUGCGCCGGUCCACUCGAAUGAUCAUCCAGGGCUGCAGUUUGUCCUUGAUAUGGGAAUGGGAGCGCUCGUAGCGACACUUAACACACCUCAACAAGCGACUCUCUUCUACCGGGCCGUGGAAAACAUGCCGACUGUACCUGUUAUCUCGUUUUUCCUGGAUUGGGAUCUUUCAUUCCAGGAUACGAAUGAUCUCGAACAGGCGAUCGAGAAGUUUUCAGCCUCCUGUAUCAAAAUCUAUGUGCGCGACCAGCAGGACGAGGUCGAUCAUCCCGUCGGACUCUAUCAUCGAUCUACGGUUGCCUUAAGCUAUGGACUUUUGAACGAGAACGUCCAGGCCUUCACCAUCGAACGGCGGGUUCCUGGCGAUGGUGCCAAUGAGAGUGUCGACGAACUCUUUGCCUCAAAGGGGAUCGUCUACUUGGAUCCCGUCUUGGUUCGGUUCACGAGGGAGUUGACGAAUCCCAAAAAGAUUCAACUUGGUUUGUUGGUCAUGGAUCUGGAUAAGGCGGCUCGCUCUCUUCGGUCGCUCAUGGGAGGUUACGGCCGGCUUUCGAAACUCACACUGGAAGCAUCGUACUGGGACCACAUCGAUAUCGAUUUUGGAAUCGAUAAUUUAGAGACGGAUUUGAACCUCAACGGCGAUCCCCAACUAUCUGAUCUGUCGGGCUCCAUGGAUGACACGGCAGGCGAUGGGACCAUCGAGUUUUUCAAUAAGCGCAAGUGUGAUGCCAUUACCGUACGGACCUAUCUUUCUGCAGAUACAAUGUUUUUGAGGACCCACGUUCUGAAGGAUAUCAACAUUCGGAUUUCCUUUCCCGAAGACGGACCACGGAUCCGUGAGCUGAUCAAGAACAACCACCGGCUGACAAAAAUGGAGUUGUCGAUCGAUUCCAAGGACGACCCUUGCCAAGUUUUCGAGUACUUCAAGGCCCUGAUGAACAAUCAUCCGAGUCUGGACUCCUUCCAUCUACGUAAGGACUGGGGCAAGAACAACAAAUCAACAUUUGUUUGGCAUGGGGUAUCGGAUCGAUCCAAGAUGACGCUGUCGAUCAUGAGCUAUGCAGAAGACAAGAUCGGGACGCUCCUACAAAAGUUUGGCGCGUGUUUAUUGCAGCUAUUUAUCCACAGCAUCAACAUUCAGGACUCUAUCAUUCUCGAGAAGGUCACUCGGACAAGGAAGGGUCAACUCAAAUUGGUUACCAUUUCUUUGGUCGAUGUCUUCUCGGUCUCUUUGACCGCAUUGGAUGAGCUAGCCAAGGUUGUGCUGAGAGUACCCCUGCAACGGUUCCAGAUCACGGGCACAGUCAACCCACGGACGACCUCUCGUGUGGGGGAGUUCAUGACUACAGUUGCGGCCAAGAUCACGGACAUCAACUUCUAUGGCGAGCACACCAAAGCGAUCCUUACAGAUCUGACGAAGCGCAUGCCCGAGUCCUCGAACAUGGAGCUCCUGGAUGAACUGAAGCUGAGCGGACCCUUUGACGCGACGACCAAGGACCUGACCUGGAUCCGAUCCGUUCUGCAGAAGCCCAUGCCAAUCCACACAAUUGAUCUGCACAAGGUCAAUCUGAGCCAUCAGGGCUGGAUGACUCUUGCGCAGGAGAUCGAUUUCCAGCGACUGAAGUAUUUCAGGGUCGGACCGGAUGUGCCACUCAAGAUCGAGGCUGUCAAGGCGUUUGUGAAUGCGGUCCCGGCUAAGAGCGAGUUGGAAAAUUUCCAUCUGGAUAGCGGUGGAUUGAAAGAGCUACAUUGCAGGGCGUACAAGGCCAAGGUCUUAGCGCAUCUGAAGAAGAGGACCGCGUUGGUUAGCAUUGGCCGCUAUUUUUGAGGAUAUUCUUUCGUUGCGAAGCUAAAUAAAGCAUGAUCGCCUAGAGAGAC